AUGUCCCACUUCGCACCACCGGGGACUUCCCGCCGGGGUGAUCAGGGGUUGAAUGCUAGUCAUUUCGUUCACAGGUUUCCCCACCAACCUUCGAGCGACCCCAGUGCCGGUUUCCGUAGCAUUCGUCCCGGUUAUACUCGUCACGACUCCGGUACCGGUCUCAGUCCCACCAGCACCCCUGUCCCCGGAAUACGCAAAUUCAACUUCAACCCCGAGGCUGCCGAUUUUCAGUGGCCUGGGUACCGUCCUCAGGGCGAUGUGCCGGAUCACUCGAAGACGAACCUCUCCCGCACCGCUGUUAACCGUCAUGUGAAGGAUUGCGACGGUGUUAGGGGCUGUAUGCCCCACCUUCAGGUCAGCGACCUUGCGAAACCCAUCACAGAUUGUGGAGACCCUACCCCUCUUGAUCAUUCAUACCGUGGUAAACCCCAAGAGUCGUGGGUGUAUCAGCGUGGUGAUCCCAACUGGCGCGAGAGUUUCUCGGACCUCCACGCAUCUCUGGUCCGUCGCGGGCUUCUUAGCCAGCAAACCACAAUCGGGCGCUACCCUCCAGGCGCAUACAUGGUCUAUAGUUACUCGCUUGAUUACAACCACCAGGAGUACAACUAUGAUCUCAAGAACGACGAGUACGCCCUUUAUUCUGUCUUUGACGAAUUUCGUGCGGGAUACUUGGAGGAGUUGUCAGAGUCUGACAGCGACUCCGACUCCGAAGAAGGUGAAGGUGAGGAGACUGUCACUGCCGCUCCUGCUCCUGAAAGUGAAGUCGCCCUUUGUGGCUCUGCUGCUCUCAACGGUGGUUUGCUCACCGAGGAGGAGUUGGCCGUCGUCGCCGUCUCCCACGCCCCCAUCGGUACCAGCCGCGAGAACUCGGUCGCUGGCUCUGGUUCUUCCACCCCCACCCAGUCCGCCAACCCAAGGCCCGCUCGCAGGGAUAGCACAAUCACUCCCCGCUCCGCAUCCCGGGAAUAUGAAGCCCCUGACACCUCCCACAUCUUCCGCCUCCCUUCCUUCCUCCUCUCCGACGGACACAACACUAUCGUCGAUGGCCUCGUCCCCUCUUUCGCCCUCCCCUGUGUGGACCUUGACAAAAGGUGGUACACGAAUCAAAGUCUAAGUCUUCUCGAGGGCUUGGAGUGGCAGUGGAAGUUCAAGGGGUGGCCGUUUUACAGGUCUUUUGUGAGGAGCUUAAGGGGUGGGAACUCUCCGGGGUCUGAGGAGUGUACGCCUACGUUGACGGAGGAUGAGGGGAGUGAUGAGGAGGGUUUAUCUGAUCUUGAGUUACUCUUAUCAGAGCCUGAGUCCAUAAGCGACGUCGAGGUCUCUGAGAAGGAGGAGGAGGAGGAGGAGGAGGAGGAGGAGUUGGGAGACUUCGAGUUCGCGAACGCAAUGCUCAAAGUCGGCUUCCCUAUGCUCCUCCCCGAGAUCCUCAACACCUAG